AUCGCUGAUGAGUGCCAGAGUUGUCAGUGUUCUUCCGGACCUCAUUGGAUAGGCAGUGCCAACUACUUGAAAUAUUUUAACAGUAUAUCAAGUGGGUGUUGAAAAAGAAAGUACAAGAUGUUUUGGGCGUGUGACCCAGCUCUGACCACGAACAUCGUGAACAGUUACCAAGUAGCUGGUCCGGUGUUCGCCCAGGCUCUGACUUCGUUCUUUGCUGCGCAAUGCGCCAUUGCCGGCGAUCACAUAUGGCCUGCCGAUGCGACUGAAGCCGUUCUUCAAGACCCCAACUAUGACUUUAUCGUUGUGGGCGCCGGUUCCGCUGGUUCGGCUGUUGCUAAUCGUCUUAGCGAAAUAUCGGACUGGAAAGUGCUUUUGGUAGAAGCUGGAGGCAACCCUACACUUGCUACUGAGAUACCGCAACCCUACUACAGCAACAUGGGAACUAACGAAGAUUGGUCCUACAAAUCGGAGCCUCAAGAAGGAGCUUGCCGUGCCUACAAGAGCAAGGGCUGUGCUUGGCCUCGCGGUAAAGUCCUCGGUGGAAGCAGCAGUAUCAACCUUAUGUUCUACGUGAGAGGUAACAAAGCCGAUUACGACGAAUGGGCAGCUGACGGUAACGAAGGCUGGAGCUUCGAGGAUGUCCUGCCAUACUUCAAAAAGAGUGAGAACUUCUUGGGCGAAUUUGACGAAGAGGCCAAAAAAUACCACAGCACUGGUGGUUACCUUAAAGUAUCUGCCGACCGAAACAUGCACAAGAUUGAAGAUAUGAUCAUCAGAGCUGCUGUCGAAUUAGGACUGAAGAACUUGACUGACGUCAACGGCGACAGCCAAAUCGGUGUGAUGAAAUCACUCACAACUACCGUAGGUGGUACCAGAUUCAGUACUGCGAGGGCUUUCCUGGCUCCCAUUAAGGACAGAAAGAACUUCCACGUUAUUAAGAAUGCCAUUGCCACUAAGAUCUUGUUCAAACCUGGAACCAACAUUGUUAGUGGAGUUCUGCUGAACAAAAAUGGACAAGAUAUUGCUGUGAACGUUAAAAAAGAAGUAAUCGUUUCUUCUGGAGCCAUCAACUCGCCCCAGCUUCUGCUGCUGUCUGGUAUUGGACCUCGCAAACACUUGGAAGACAUGAACAUUGAAGUCAAAGCCGAUUUACCUGUCGGUGAAAAUCUACAAGAUCACUUGUUUGUUCCCAUUUUCUACACUGCUGACGGCGACAACAAAGAAGUUUCCCUGCCUAACAUUAUCAACACCUUCGUUGAAUACUUCCUGCAAAACACUGGCGAUCUGAUCGACACCAGCCCACACCGUAUCAUUGCUUUCGAAAACACCACUGACCCGAACUCGCCUGCAUCCGACAUGCAAUACCACUACCUCGUCUUCCCACCGAAGUCGUACAACUUGCUCGACAUGUUCCGCAAGCACGGACUCAGCGAUGAAGUUCACGACAAAUUCCGUAAAAUGAACGAGAACAAAUACACCAUGCUGGUAUACAACACUCUCUUAAAACCCAAAUCGGCCGGAACUUUGCUUUUGAGGAGCAAGAAUCCAUUCGACAAACCUUUGCUGUACGCUGACUACUACAAAGACAUUGAAGACUUGUACACCGUUAUCAGGGCUUUCAGACAGCACAGCUUGAAAUUGGGUGAGACCAAGGCAUUCAAGGAAGGUGGCUGGAAACUGGACUGGAUCGAGUUGGAGGCUUGCAAGAACUUUGACAAGAACAGUGAUGAAUUCUUGGAGUGCAUAGCUAGGGAGAUCACCUUCUCGUUGUAUCACCCGACCAGUACCGUGAAGAUGGGCGCUGACGGUGACCCGACCUCCGUCGUCGACACACAACUGAGAGUGCGCAACGUUACCGGCCUGAGAGUUAUGGACGCUAGUAUUAUGCCAUCAGUAAUUAGAGGUAAUACCAACGCUCCUUCCAUCAUGAUCGGUGAGAAGGGUGCUGACAUGGUCAAGAAAUACUGGCUGCACCAGCACACUGAACUGUAAAUAACCGGUUCAAUCGAGAAAUCCAAGUAUGUUUCACUGUAUGAAAGUAAUGACUUAGUUAAAUGUUUAACGUAGCUGUGUAGUUAUGAUUAAUAUGUACAUAUUUGUAAGCUGUAGUUGGCACAUUUGUUGAGUUUAAAUAAACAAUUGUUACACAUAA